UCGGGGCUUAGAUGGUGCUGAUCACGGACGAUAGAGAUGGAGGAGUCGCAUCGUCGCUCCGGGUCAAGCCGCUCCAGCAGCAGAAAGCCGGCGGGGGAAUCGUUCAAAUCCACCCGACCGUAGCGGGGGAGGACCCUGAUGAAGACUUUGAGGAGGAGGAUGACGAAGAAGAAGAAGAUGACGAGGAUUUUGAAGAAGUGGACUUUGAGGACUUGGACGACACAAGGAGCAUCGCGUCGGACGACUCCUUUUACCCGCCCGAUGAUGCGUUCGCGGACUCGGAGCGCUCCCCGUCCCCACCGAGUCCGGAGCUGAUGACGUUCUUCCGGGCGUGCUGCAGCAAAAACGCCGCUAUAGUACGGAUCAUGAUACGGCAGGGACUCACGGAGGCCGAGGUCAAGCAGACGGACCGGAACAACAAGACAGGGCUGCUGGUUGCUUGUUACCAAGGUUACGUCGAUGUUGUCAUAGCGCUGUCUCAGUGUCCGUAUCUGGACGCUAACUGGCAGGACAGUGAAGGCAACACUGCCCUCAUCACUGCAGCACAGGCAGGUCACGUGACAAUCACCAACUACCUGCUUAACUACUACUCAGGCUUGGACAUCGAGAGGAGAAACUGUCACGGCUUCACGGCUCUGAUGAAAGCUGCCAUGCAGGGUCGUGUGGAGUGUGUGCGCUCGCUCAUGAUGGCAGGAGCCACCCUGAAUGCACUGGACUGUGGCCGCCAAAUGACCGCCAGGGAAUGGGCAUUGUUCACUGGCCGCUUUGAAACAGCUUGGGUGAUGGCCAGACUCAUGGAACGACCCUGCCCGCGCCAAAUUAACGAUGCAUACAGUCUAGAAUGGCCCUCGCUGGCAUCCCUGGUGUCCAAAGCCCGGGAGCCCCGUGGUUGUCUUAAGCGUUUCUCGGACACAGUCCGCGAUGUCUUCAACAUCGCCAAUGUUACCAACCCUGAGGACUCCGGCAUAAUUGACCACCUGGUGUGUGUGACGACAGCCAUCAGGAGCCCCUUCAUCGCAGUCACCUGUCAUACGGUGUGUCCAAACAGCCCUCCGAGUGUGGGCAAACGACGCUACGCGGUUCCAGAGAUCAUCCGCCAGCAGCGAGCCAAAGAGCUCAGCGCCAUCAACCCGGACAGGGUGGACACCCACCUCCAGCUUUUCCAGAACUCCAGGGUCACACUGGUGCCCAAGCCCUCACAUGACCGGCGGGCCAGCCUUCAGCCGCAGAACGCAGUGCCUCGAGCGAGGAGCUCCAGCUUGGAAAUGUUGUCUUUUACCGGAGCCGGGCUACGAAGGCCCAGCCUGCUUCCCUUGCACAUGGUGCUCAGGAGGAGCAGCGUCAGGCCGGGAUGGACCAUUCCCAAGGUGAGGGUGUCCAAAGCCCCCACACCCACUUAUGAGCCAGAAAAGGUGCGCAGGAAGAGCAGUGCCAAAGAUGGAGGAGGUAGGCACUUGCUGCAGAUCCCCAAGUGGCGAUACAAGGAGCUCAAAGAGGAGAGGAGGAAAGCGGAGGAGGCUGAAAGGAGGAGACUCGAGGCCAUAGGCAAGACGCACCUCACUGUCGGGAAGAGGAAGUAGUCUCAGUGCACACAACACCAAAAAACAAAAGCAAAUAUGUUUGACUCAGGGUGAGUUUACAAUUCCCAGAAGUGUUCUAAAACACAAGACAAUGCUGCUUUUAUAAUCUUAAAUUAAUGAUGGCUGCCAUUUUCAGGAUGGACUACAUCUUGAUACUUGAAGUGAACUCAUUAAUCAUAUUUAUAGCAGUCCACUAGACCAAAGCUUUGUUUUCUUCACAUUUUCUAGUUUUUCCUACCUUUGAAGUUAGUUUUUCACUAAUACAGAGUCACUCGAACGCAACAAAAACAUAUUUUACUUAUCCAAACAACAAACGUAGAAAUCCUGUGUAAAGUUCACUAUUUUCAAGCAAUGUAUUUCCCCCAAAAAUAUUAAUCUUGCAAACAAUUUGAGUGUCAAAUUCCGUACUUUUAUAGAUGCCGACCAAAGUCAGUACCGAUUCACGUAAAAUCAAGAGGUGCCACAUUUUGAUACCUAUGUUGCACGUGACGUCAGGUUUCAGACUCACACCAGCUCAAGCACUUGGCCAGGAAACAAGCACUUAAGCAGCACUCGGAGCGGACUCGGCCGGAUUGUUUCAAGGUAAUAUUACAAUUUUCCAUGCCAACAAAGCAAACAGAAGGCACUCAAAAGUACAACUUUUCAUAUUGUUCCAGCUCGAUGCUAAUUUACAUUAGAUUUGCCUUAGGCAUGCUACCAAUUACCUUUAGUGAUUUUAUAUGGCAAUUUCAACACGUCCAAAUUUGGUAGUAAGAUCCAAGUUACAAUCAAACCGCUGGUGUGUAAUAAGUACAAUACAUACAAUAUAAAUACUUUUUAAGAUGCAACAAAAGAAAACACUGGCACAUUCAACUUAAUGGCAAAGACGAUGUGGCUAAGGUAACACACAGUAGUCUAUACACUACUGCCAUCUAACGUCUUAGAAUUGCACAUGCAUGCAAACUAUAAUAUAAUAAUAAAGUACAGUGCUGCAAAUGAGACACAGCGGAGUGUUAAAUGGUAAAAAAAAAAUAAAUCUUCCACCAUUAUCACACAUACAGAAAAUGCGUACUGUAUUGAUUUAAAUGUGUAAUGUACUGUAAUAUAUAACCCACAAUUGCAAUUUUUGUUAUAUAGUUACUUAUUCAAAAACACAUCAACAUUUUUGGCUAUCAGUUAAAAGCUGUUAAGAGUACGGGCACAUUGUUUUUCUAUAUUACAAAUAUAUAUUUUCACCAACCUUAAAAAUGUCUGUUUUCUGCUAAUUACCCAGGUCUCCAUGAGAUUAUGCAUCUACAAUUACACUGUAAUGACAUGCUUUAUACUUUGCUAUAUGAUGACCAACCAAUGAAUGUACUUUGCAUGUAUAUUUUUUAUACUAGAAAUGAAAAUGCUUUUUAAUGACGUUUUCACUUCCUACUCAGAUGUGAUUUUUAAACUCUAGUAACAUCUUUUUUUUUACCUUAGUAUUAACACCAAGACAGAAAGGUGGUGUCACUCUCUGAAGAUCAUCAAAUGAGUUGGGAACGCUCUAUCGUUUACUUGAAAACAAACUGGUGACUCUCACCUGUUAUUGCUCCGUAUGGAUGCAUGGUGUUUACAUGAAAUGAAAUAAACACUUCUGCUCACAGAAAUACUUCUUCUGUAUA